AUGCUGUGCAGUGACCUAUGGGUAGAAGCUUUCAGCAUUUACCCGGUGGAUGGUUUGGAAGAUGACCCCGAAGGUCAUCGGGAAGCGGCGCUGGCUUACUAUGCCGCGCUGAGGGAAGGGGCGCAGCCCGGGGCAGACGUCUUCUCUCUGCCCACGGGGGAGCAGGUUAAACUUGAAGCGGCGUCCGUUUGCUUCUGCACGGUGCACCGGGACGAGCCUCAGCACCAACUCUUGGUCUUGGUCAAUCCCCAGGACACAAAGUCAGUCGUGGCUGUGUACCUAAAGGACUCCUGGUGGGCCACCGAAGACGUCCUGAGGACCUCCAACCCUGCAAGAGAAGGCCUGAUGAAGGUCCAGUCAUUCGGGGAGAGGAUUGUGCUCUUCAUCCUCAACGUCGUUAUCUUUGGACGGCUGGAGAGGAACUUAGAUGACGACGCCAUGUUCUUUUUGCCGCACUCUGGGAAGGAGCAGGCUAAAAUCCUGUGGCGGGACGGGGCCGCGGUCGGAUUUUACACAACCAAAGCGAAAGGCAGCCUGUGCGGCGAUGGCACCGGCACGUGCUACCUGCUGCCCGUCUUGGACACCGUGUUUGUCCGGAGGCGACACCGUGGCCAGGGCCUGGGCGUGGCCAUGCUGCGGGACUUCUGCGAGACGUUCCCAGACGACGAGGCCCUCGGGGUCAGCUGGCCGAUUUCUCCCGCCAUGUACCGAGGUAACCCCACCUGUGUCAGGGAGAAGCGUUGGGUCAGGGGGAGGGCUACCCGUGCAUCCAGGUGACACAUGGCCGACCUCUUUCUUCUGAGAAACCUCUCAUGGCUUGAGCACAAACGAGCCUUUAUCACAAGAGCCAGACCUUGCCCAGCCUGGGAAAUCAUUGGGUUUAGAUGUAAUAAAAA